AUGGAGGGCAUUCCAGUGGUGGACUUUGCAUUAUUUAUGGAAGACCCAGGAAUUGCUAGGAAACGCCUAGAAUCGUUGGAAAAGAUCAACAAAGCGUGUAAGGAAUUUGGUCUAUUUCAAUUGGUUAACCAUGGUUUGGAUUCUCACAUCUUGAGCAAGGCACUCCAAAAUGCUCACAGCUUCUUUGAGCUCCCUCUGGAAUACAAAUGCAAAUUUACUACCGCCAACAAUUCAGUUGGUUUCGUGCACCAAAGUGGUGCUAAAGGAGGACCUCUAGAUCGAAAGGAGCAUUUCAUGAUUGCUGCAGAAGAUAAGUCCACCUUGUGGCCAGAUUUAAUAUCGAGCUUCAGCUUGGGAGCUCCUGGCGAAACUCUCCGCAAGUGCUAUGACAAGAAUGCAGAUUACUACAAUUUUCUCCACUAUCCAGCUUGCUCCGACUAUCAGGGCCAAGUUCUCGCCCCUCAUCAAGAUGGUACCAUCUUCACCAUGGUGUCCCAGCUUAAUCGUGUUCCUGGUUACCAGGUGUGGACCAACGGACUUUACAAAGGUGCCGUUCAUCGUGUAGUAGCGAACAAGGCUCAACGUUUCUCAUUUGUAUACAGCUAUCUCCCCGAAGGCAAAACUCGAAUCGCUCCUAUUCCAGAAUUUGCGAGUGGUCACCCAAAGUACAAAAGCUUUAUGCAGGAAGAUUAUUUGAAGUUGAGAUUUGAGAAUAAGAGGCUGGAAAACAACUUUAGUAAAAAUAUCACCAUCGAUUACUAUGCCAUUGAUUAG